UCCAGUCAUCGUCGGGCGCGAUGACGUCACGCACGCGGUGGGGCUGCGAGUGAGUGACGUCGCCCGCGAUGGAGACAGCGGCCCCAUCCGUGCGCGAGGCUUUCUGCGGUGAGCGGUGGUGAGGACUCGUCGGUGAGCGGUGGUGAGGAAUCAACGGUUUCGUAGCGGUCGGCGGUACCCUACGCGAAUGAUUGAAGUGGAUUGACUUUCCCUUUGUGCCCUGGCGCCGAGUGAAAAAUGAAAGAAGAAGAAGAAGAAGGAGAGGAAGUGAAGAGGAUCUGCUGCCCGGUCUGCAACUGGGUGGUGGUCAGCCUGCCCGCCCUGGAGGACCACAUGAAGCGCCACAGGGGCCGGAUCGAGCCCGUUGUGUACCGGUGCCCCCACUGCCCGUACAGCACGGACAAUCUCAACGUCCUGAUCGGCCACCAGGCGACGCACGACGCGGGGGAGUCCCGCAAGUGCGCCGAGUGCGGCAAGGUGUUCGUCGACGCGGAGGUCUUCCGCGAGCACCGGGCGAUGCACGACGAGGAGAAGCCGCACAAGUGCGCCGCGUGCGGAGAGGCGUUCAGCCGGGCGGAAGAUCUUCGCGCGCACCAGAGGAUCCACGGCGGGGCGCCGUACCGGUGCGGCGUUUGCGGGAUGGAGUUCACCCGGCCGGAUUGCCUCCGCAGCCACCAGAGGACCCACACGGGGGAGAAGCCCUACCGGUGCGACGAGUGCGGCGUGACGUUCGCGUGGUCGGCGAGCCUCCUGUCGCACAAGAGGAUCCACACGGGGGAGAAGCUCUACCACUGCACCGUCUGCGGCAUGGAGUUUUCCCGCUCGGACUACCUGCGCAGCCACCAGCGGACGCACACGGGCGAGAAGCCGUACAAGUGCGCCGAGUGCGGCGAGGCGUUCUCGCAGUCGGGCGCCCUCCUGGGGCACAAGAGGAUCCACACGGGCGAGAGGCCGUACGCGUGCACCGAGUGCGGCAAGGCGUUCGCGCGCUCGUGGGCCCUCCUGGUGCACACGAGGACCCACGCGGAGGAGAAGCCGUACAAGUGCACCGUGUGCGAGAGGGCGUUCGGCCGCUCGGAUCACCUGCGCAGCCACCAGAGGACGCACACGGGCGAGAGGCCCCACGCGUGCGGCGUGUGCGGCAAGGCCUUCGCCGAGCCGGUGGCCCUGCGCGUGCACAACAGGGUUCACACGGGCGAGAGGCCGUGCGUGUGCGCCGUGUGCGGGAAGGCGUUCUCGUGCACGGGAGCCCUUCGCACGCAUGCCAUGGUGCACACGGGCGAGAAGCCCUACGUGUGCGGCCUGUGCGGCAAGGGGUUCCAGCGCUCGGGGGCGCUCAAUAAGCACAGGAGGAGCCACGCGGAGGAAAAGCCGUUCGCGUGCGCCGAGUGCGGCGAGGCGUUCUCGCAGUCGGGCGCCCUCGUCCGGCACCAGAGCGUACACACGAGCGAGAAGCCCUACAAGUGCUCGGUGUGCGGCAAGGCGUUCGCCCGGUCGCAGUACCUCCUGAUGCACAGGAGGAGGCACACGGGCGAGAGGCCGUACGCGUGCGACGUGUGCGGGAAGGCGUUCGCGCAGGCCAGGGUCCUCCUCGGGCACAAGAGGACGCACACGGGCGAGAGGCCGUACGCGUGCGCCGUGUGCGGCAGGGCCUUUGCUGAGCCGGUGGCCCUUCGCAUACACAACAGGAUCCACACGGGCGAGAAGCCGUACGAGUGCGCCGCGUGCGGGAAGGCGUUCUCGUGCGCCGGGGGGCUUCGCGCCCACACGAUGGUGCACACCGGCGAGAAGCCCUACAAGUGCGACCUGUGCGAGAAGGCGUUCCAGCGCUCGGGUGCGCUCAAAACGCACAGGAGGAGCCACGCGGAGGAAAAACCCCGAGAGUGAAAGCGCCCUCGCGGGUCGGAGAGGUCCCUCGGCUCUCAUGCCCGAGAAAUGAUGCCGGCACGGAGAGCUGAAAUACGAUAUUUACCCCAAAAUUUGAAAAACAGUUUGGUGGCUGCCUGGUUGGGCUGACACGCGGGCGAGCCCAAUGCACGCGGUGGUAAUGUCGCCUGCAUCCCACAGCAGCGUAGAGCCCGAGUUCGUGCAUCUUCAUGCCAGCACGCGUCCGUCCUCGUACCGCCCUCUCGCGUGGCGAACUUGUUGCGACAAAAAAAAAAACUGUUUGGCCUCUCCGGCCAUUGCCCCACAGCUGUGGAAUGAGACCGGCCACGGAAAGUUCCACAACUCUCGCCGAGUCACGUACGCGAACGUACGCACGUGUGCGUGUACGUUGAACUCGUUUCGCACCGUACGUAGGCAACCACGCUAAUCGGAGGUGUGGGGUGGGGGGGGGGGGAAAGGGACAAUAAACGCAACAAGUAGUUCUAAAGAAAUUCGUUUUCAACGUAGAUUUAAAAGUGCAUAGCUCCCUUAUGCUUCCUAAUAUCGGAAGGAAGAGCGUUCCGGAUGGCCGCAGAAACAGCGCAUCUGAGAGUGCAUGAUGCAGUGACCGUCUUUGUUCGACGGGUUAGCCGGAAACCGCUGCUGCUGCUGCGAGAAUGACCGGAAUUCGCGUGAUGUUGGUUCAUGCUCCUUGACGAGAUCAGCGAUAUAUUGUCGUGCUUCAUUUGUGGCAAGCGCUCUACGUGCAAUGAGCGCGGCGACCUUUAUAGCAAUGUUUUCGUUCGGCCAAUGGUCAUGUAAGUUAUGGCCGAAAUGACCAUCCGCAUGCACGAGUCGUCCCCGGCUUAUCGCGAAUCCGUUUGGCACAAGCGAUUUACAAAGUUAGGGGCGGACGCCCGAUCGCCGCGCUCGACUUAACAGGAUUUUACACCCUUGUCCGUGGGGUUUUUCAGAAGCCGAAAUUUUCCGCCACGUUCCCGCGUAGGGUACGGUACCCGAGGGUGAGGAGGCAACAGGCGCGUCGCGGGCGGCUGUGGUGACAGCGGCCGCAGCAGCGAGCCCCCCCCCCCGCACUCAGUCUUUGUUCCACCUCGUGCCAGCUCGUGCGCGUGCACGUGUUUUAUCUCACUCUUCUAUCCCUUUGCGUUUGCUCGAAUACUACGACAGUGAAACCUUGGAUUGCGAGUAACUUGGUCUGCGAGUGUUUUGCAAGACGAGCAAAAAUUUUAAGUAAAUAUUAAUUCGAUUAACGAGCGAGGGUCUUGCAAU